AUGUAUAAGCAUCAUGCACGUGCUGCUGCUCGUACUACUAUAGCUUACAUGGGUGAGAAAGUCGUCAACGUCGCCCGUCGAGCCGGCUCCGAGAUCGAAUCCGUCAAGAAAUCGAAUGCUGAAGUUUUCGGUUUCACAAUCCCUACCAAGGAAAUUAAAAAGGUAUACAUAGGUGGGUCUCGUGAUGCUGCAGCUCCCGCGAAUCAUUCACAUGAUGAUUCUAAGAGUUCUUUGGCACCCCAGAAGUUGUUGUACUUGUUGGAAUAUGCAGGGAAGGAUUUGAAAUUGGUGAGAAUGGCAGUGCCAAUUAGAGAUAUGGAGAGCGAGAAUUUGUUGGAUUACCUAGACCCAAGUCUUGGUUUCAUUGGUCAAAGCAGAAAAGAGGGAUCUAUUUUGGUGCAGUGCUUUGCUGGAGUGUCAAGAAGUGUGGCUAUAAUUAUGGCAUAUUUGAUGAGAACCCAACAACUAUCUCAAGAAGGUGCCCUUGAAUCUCUAAAGCUAAGUUGUGAGUUUGUGCGCCCUAAUGAUGGGUUUUUAGAGCAGUUGAAAAUGUUUGAAGAAAUGGGUACACUAGAGACCAAUGAUGUUGUUUCUUCAUAG